GGCGGCGAGUCCGUCGACAGUCGGGAGAGACGAGCGAUCGCGUUUGGAUUGGAGUGUCGGAGCGACCAGUCCAGAGCACACGUAUACCACACAUACGCGCGAGGAAUGUAAUCCGUGCCCGAUGACCCAUUCGUUACCUGUGUACGACGCGCUGCAAUUCAGUCUGCCAAAUUUCAUCCAGGGGACCAGGAAGGGACCUGCAGCUACGGACGGUCCUUGAAGAAGCGCCAUAGAAAGCCCGCGGCGGAUCAGGCGUCGGUAAUCGAUGGGUUGAGAACGCUCUUUGCCAUUUUCUUCUUUUCGUUAUCAAGGUGUGUAGCUUACCGAUGAGCCAUGCUGAAGGUGGUCGGAGCCUCGUGGCUGCAGACGCGCAUCUCCACCUACAUCCUCGUCGCCGUCGCUCUUCUCGGCAUCGGCGCCAUUAUUUUCAGCGAAUAUGGACAUGUUGAGAAAGAUGGAACCUACUCGGCUACCGUAUCGUGGAAUCACAAGGGAGGAUAUCGCAUCGAUUUUUGGGGUCAAGGCAACGACCUCGCCGAUGUGCGACUGAAUGCUGCCCGUGCCUAUUACAAGACCGGCAUAUUUGAAUCUGGAUGGUCCAUCAUCGAAAUAGAAACGUCAUCGAAAUAUCCGGACACCGUGCAAGCUUACGCGGCCGGUUUGUUAGAGGGUAGCCUGACAUGGCAAAUAAUCCACCAUCAUUGGCACAAUACCGUCAACGUUGUUUGUGAAAAAUGGGAAGGCGAAUGCCAGAAACUGAUGCGAUUCCUUCGCGAGAACACCGCCAUUGUCCGCGAACGUGCCGAGCACUUGUCAGCCACGGAUCCAUUUUGGCACAUGGUGCGGCUAUUCUACGUUCAACUGGACGGUUUGGAGGCUGGCUGGAGAUUCGCGGUUCGUCGCAGUCGGCAGCCAGUGGAAAUGGACAAAGAAGAUUUCCUCUGGCUGGCAAUGGCUGCAGAUCUACCGGAUCUCGAGCGAGCGCUGAACGGUUCUGAAUCCUAUCACGAUUACAUCAAAAGCAUGAUUUUCUUGAAAAGCCUAUCCCGUGAAGGACUAAAUCCGCUGAUAGCUGUUGGACAUACCACUGCUGCACCAUACGCUAAGAUGUUGAGGUUGCUGAAGAAAUAUACCUUUGGUUACCAUGUUCUGCCGUUCUCGAAAACUUCCGCGCCGGUACCAAGCAGAUCUAUCAUAAUGUCAUCUUACCCCGGUGCUCUGUCGUCUCACGACGAGUUCUAUUUGGUCCAAGGAGAUAAUCGCGAACUGAUUAUCGCUGCAACGCCACUGACAGUCACUAAUCGCAGCCUGUGGAAUCUCAUGAGUACGAAGAAUCAGGUGAUGUCAUCCGCGAGGGUGAUGGCGGCGAAUCGUCUGGCAGUAAACGGAUAUUCCUGGUCUCGCAGCAUGUCAUUGCAAAAUGGUGCUAAUGUAGCGCGACAUUGGGUCACCGUGGAACCGCGCGACGGCAUUGUCUGGCUUGUCGAGCAAUCAUCGGGGCUUAUCCGCACGGUGGAUAUCAGCGAGCGGUUUGCCGACACUGACGUGCUUUGGACCGUCGGUGAACAUCUUCGCGAAACCAACGUGGGGAUCAGCGAGAAUGAGGAAGAGAACGAUGAUGUGGCGAAAAGCGAGCUUGUCGCGAGACUGCAGAGCAACAUUACUACGACGGAACACUUUAGGAGGCUGAUGCGAGGAUACAGUCACGAGAAGUCCACCAUAGAAAAUGAGGAUCAGGCACGGAUUUCAACCAACAGAGGAGACCUGGAGAAAGUUGAUAUACCGUUCGGCAUAAUCGACACGAAAAUCAUACUGGCCGACGCUGACGGGGUGGAAAGUUUCGAGGCCACUUCCGGACCGAAUAUACCGGGCUCCACGCAGCCCUUCCGAUGGUCGACAACUUUCCCCAACGUUUCGCACGUCGGCCAGCCCGAUAUCUUCGAUUUCGACAGCGUUAUUCCUCUGUGGGUUUGGCUCUGAGUCAUGAUCCUCUAAAUACGUAAAAAUAACGAAAUUAAUAACGAUGAAAAGGUAACUUUUUGAAUUUUUAUUGGAAAUAAAAAUUGAUCAAUAAACUUAAGCAAAGCAGUUGACUACUAAAUGAUAAAAGAUCAAGAAAUUUAAUACAUAAGUUAAAAAAUUGCUAAAUUUGAAGAUAAUAGUGAACUGAAAAAAAAAAUACUUUUAAUUGACAUUCGAUCAAUUAUAGAAUGUUGCUUUUCGAUUUUCGAUGUUUUUUUUUUAAUCUGGCUUAAAUUUUAAAUUUUAAGAAACAGCUGGCUCAUAUGUUAGCCCACCUCUAUCGUGUGAAAUCUUUAGAAAAUAAAAUAAAAUAAAUUUAA